AUGCCUUCAUGGUGGGACUAUUUGCAAUUUAACCGACAGUAUCAUAAUAAGCGAAACUUAGAAGAAGGUUUAUUUCAAAUAGCCUCACAGACUUGCAAUAUAUUAGUAAAGGUCAAUAACACGAAUAAUAUUAAUUUGACAAGAAACAAUAGAAGUGACGAGUACGGAUGCGCCGGACCCCCUAAAGGAAAAAGUUCGAUGCAGAUCUGCGUACCCAAAUUUAGAAAAAAUUCUAUCACGGCGGGCUGCAAUCCUGGACUAUCUACUGUGCUAGAAUCAGGGAGUGUGGGGAACGCGUCGUCAUCUGAUGAGGAGUUGGAGCAGUGGGAGCAGAUAUUCAUGAUGAGAGAUGAAAAUGGAAAUAGUUACAAUGAUAAAAGAAAGAAGCGAAGUAUAUGGUGCAGACCGUCAUGCAUCCCAGUGUCGAUAGUCAUAGUUUUAAUAGUGCUAGUUGUACUGGUCCCACUGCUUGAUCAGCCAAACAUUGCACAUGUAUUGCCGACCAUUGCUCAUGUUGAUUUGCAUUGCUCAGAUGAAUGUAGGUUAUCUUUAGUGGAGAGUAUACCAGAAGGUCACAUGUAUCCUCCAAACGCAACUCAUAUGCCAACUAAAAACGCUUGGUUAGAUUUGAUAGAUGAAGCUCAAAAAUCAAUAGAAAUUGCCUCUUUCUAUUGGACCCUUAGGUUUAAUGAAGAGUAUCCCUAUAAUUCUUCUAUAGAGGGUGAACAAGUUUUCCAAGCAUUACUUGCGGCUGGUACGAAGAGAAAUAUAGAUUUAAAAAUUGCUCAAAACUGGCCCACAAAGGCAAAUCCUAAUAUAGAUACUGAAUACUUAGUUAAGAAAAAGGCAGCACAGGUGAGGAGCCUGAACUUCUCUAAGCUGCUGGGCGGUGGGGUGCUGCACACCAAGUUUUGGAUCGUGGACCGACAGCACUUCUACAUCGGCAGCGCCAACAUGGACUGGAGGUCGCUCACACAGGUGAAGGAGUUAGGCAUUUUAGCAUACAACUGCUCCUGUCUGGCGACCGACUUGGGGAAGAUAUUUGAUGUGUAUUGGAGCCUGGGCGCGGCGGACGCAGUCGUACCGGACAGCUGGCCAUCCGAGCUCAGCACAGACAUCAACAUGCAGCACCAAAUCAACAUAUCUGAUGGGAACAGUACUUUUGGAGCGUACAUAACUAGUUCACCGCCGCCCUUAAGUCCCACCGGUCGAACCAACGACGACGAUGCAAUCGUUGACAUCAUUCACUCAGCCGAGGAGUUCAUCUACAUCGCCGUAAUGGACUACGGACCGGCACUGGAGUAUGCGCCCAAACUUAAAUUUUGGCCCAAAAUCGACGACGCGAUACGUCGCGCGGCGCUGGAGGCGCGCGUGCGCGUGCGCAUGCUGAUCAGUUGGUGGCGACACUCGCAGCCCGCGGAGGACCACUUCCUCGCCUCGCUGGCCGCGCUCGCCAACGCCUACCCGCGCGUCGACAUUCAGGUGCGCCGUUUCAUCGUGCCGUCGACGCCGGCGCAGGACAAGAUCCCGAUGGCGCGCGUCAACCACAACAAGUACAUGGUGACGGAGCGCACCGCGUAUGUGGGCACGUCCAACUGGUACGGCGACUACUUCGUGGACACGACGGGCGCGGCGCUGGUGUGCGGGCGCAGCGCGCUGCACGACCGCCUGCGCGCCGUGUUCGAGCGCGACUGGGCCUCGCCCUAUGCCGUGCCGCUGCGUGCCUUAUAGCGCGGUGUGCACGCACACAUACUUUUUAUAACUUUUUUUUUAUUUUGCAACAUUGACCUUGAUAUAUACAGCCAAAAUAUCUUAUAAAUAAUGUAUCUAAUUCAUAAAUGGCGGUUCAGUUCUAUCUUUAAAAUAAAGUAAUUUUAAAUUGCAUAAAAUUGAUCUUAAACGACAACGACCAUUUAAUAAACAAACAUUUAUUACAUAAUUGUGUAGAUUGUACGGUUAUUGUAUUAAUGCAUUUUUGCCUUGAUUUAGGUUAAAUAGAAUGAUUUUAUCAACCUAAUCGAUGUAGAUCAAUAAAAAUAUAUACGGAGCUGACAUGAUUACAGUGUAAAUACACCCUUAAAUAAUCAUAUUUUGUUUUGAGUCCGUAGAUAGUAAUAUAGAAUAAGUUUUACCAAAACGCAUUUUCCAUUUUUACAAAAUAAAAAAUAAAAUAUCUUUGAUGUUAUCGUUACAAGCGUGCCAAAGAUUUGUAUUCUACGAAUAAAUCUUACAAUCUGCCGAUUUUGUGUUCCAUAAUACUUAAACACUUAUAAUAAGUUAUAGCAAAUUACGUUAUGUAAAUUAUAUGACGCAAAACACUAAGCUAUGAUAUUAUAACUUAAAAAGUUUACAAUAAUAAUUACACUUGAUGCACAAAAAAGAGAACACAUCUUCCCUUAAUAAACGAAUGUAUAUUUUAUUUGAUUUAUUAUAGGAAGUAAAACGAGUAAACGGGUCAUAGACGCUGAACCAGCAAUAAGUAACAAGCAGAAAUUACAACUUCAAUAUACCGCUCACCAUGAGAAAUAAAUGUAAACUGGCUUGUUUGUUUAAAAAAUGUGGAACUACACAUAUAAUACUUCUUCCUGUAUGGAUGGAGUAGUCCCUGUUGUGGGCAUUUUAGUAUAAAUUAAUGAAAAUUUAUUAAAUUACCUACAUAUUAGAUGUGUUAAAAUCUCUCACAUUAAAUAAUUCUCGUACUUCGUAAAAUUAAAUUCAAGUUUUAAAUAUCUAGCGUGUCUUUCUAUUGUUUGUCGCGAAUUAUUCCGUAAAUUCCGUAACAGCCUGUGAAUGUUCCACUGCUGGGCUAAAGGCCUCCUCUCCUCUUUUUGAGGAGAAGGUUUGGAGCUUAUUCCACCACGCUGCUCCAAUGCGCGUUGGUGGAAUACACAUGUGGCAGAAUUUCAGUGAAAUUAGACACAUGCAGGCUUCCUCACGGUGUUUUCCUUCACCGUACAGCACGAGAUGAAUUAUAAUCACAAAUUAAGCACAUGAAAAUUCAGUGGUGCUUGCCCGGGUUUGAACCCACGAUCAUCGGUUAAGAUUCACGCGUUCUUACCACUGGGCCAUCUCGGCUUCUCGGCGAGUUAUUACUAGUAAAUAAUGUCAAUGAAUUAAUUCGAAUAAUAUCUAAUAUUUCUUAAUCUUAGAAUAUUAGUUGCGGAACUGAAAACCCAUCGUUAGUGUAUAAUGUUUUUUUUAAUGUGAAAUGGCUCUCAUUUGACUUUGACGGAACGCGCUCAGCCUUCUCCAAUGUCUUAAAAUCGCCUGACAGCGUGCCUUCUCAAAUCGUGUGAUCGGUUGAUCGUUGUUCGUGUGUAGAUUUUUAUAUUAUCUAGUGGUAUAUUUAAAUAUAAUAAUUGUCAUCGGUAAAACCAACGCCGGCCCUGAUGAGACCGAGGUAUUUCAGAGCCCUUUGAUCGACGCUUUCACUUUUAAAUUGUUAAAUAUAUACAUUACCUUAAAAUCAAAAAUGCUUAUGUACCCCUGGAAAUUGUUUCUGACAUUUUCGCUCCCCUUGCUACCUGGCCCCUACAUCGAUCGUUCCUCUCGCUCUAACUCCGGGCUGGAAUUGGGAAAAGCCUCCUUUCGCGUCGUUCACGUACUCAGACUGACCAUUAGUUUGACAAGCUUAUAAGCGUUUAAUAAAUUACUUUCUAUCUUCGUAUUUAAAUUCUCUGUUACCAUACCCCCCACUAAUAAUUGUAUACCUACACUUGCCUACGUCUUGGGGGAUGAUUUUUGUAAAAUCAUAACUAUUUUUCUAAGCUAACGUCUGUAUAAUUAUUCUAUUAUAUUAUCUUUAAACAGAAAUUAAUUUAUCUGUUUCGUUUUUUUUUUAUCUGUGGCGGCAAUGAUGUUGUAGUAUGUAUUAAUACAGACUAAAUUCAAUAAUAUUUUUUUAUUUAAAUUAAUUCAAUUUCUUUUCAUUUUUAUUUAAUUAAAUUUAAACUUAUAAAUUAUGGCAAAACUUUCUUAAAAUAGCAAUAGCUAUUGAUAAUUGUUAAAUUAUCGACCCUAUUUUCAUAUAUCAAAAUAGUAAUAUCGGUUUAGCUGUUAUUCUUAGAACAUAUCAUUAAUACCGAAUACUUAUAUAAUGUAAGUAAAAUGAUUGCAAUUAUUAUCAAACUACGGCAAUGGUAAGGAUAGCAGCCCAUUCGCAUCAGAUUAUUAUUAAGAUUCGUGAGUAGGUACUCAUGCACGCGCAAUAGUGUCUGUCAGAAGUUAAUUGUAUUUGUAAAUACUGUGGAAAUUUAUUUUGUUGUUUUUCUAAUCGACAUUAACUCGACUUCAUGAUACCUUCUAUUAUACUGAUUUAGGUUACUGUUAUACGACUUCGCGUAACGCGUAACCUAUUAAUUGACCAUUGGCGCUGCAUUAUAAGAACUAAUCAGAUUACUAUAAGCAGUUACUGUAACAAUCAUAUUUUAUUCUCUGUUAUAUUUGUCUUAAUGCUGACAAAUAUUUGUUGUACUAUAUUGUUAUUAAAUUAUACUUAUAUUAACGCGAUUACAAUUACGUAAUAGAUUAACAUUUCCACUGUUUUGUAAAUGUCUUCGAGAGCGUUACUUAAGGUCGGUCAAUUUAAAUUGUGCGUAUUGGUACUUAACCGCUACAGGAAUUGUUCAAAUUUCGAAGCGUCAGCUAUAUAAAUGUAGCCCAUCUGGUAAAAUAUAAAAUAAAUUAAACAAAUUAUGUAUUAUCAUAAUUAUAUUUCUUUCAUCAAUGAAAUGGUUUAUCGUAUUUGCGGCGGAUAGGAUUUGUUCAAUUUAUAUUAUUAAUCUGUAUGUAAUAUAAGUGAUAAUAAAACUCUGUUGUUGUAAAAAAACCAUUAAAUAAAUAUUCACAUUUAAAACACACAGUAAGUAUAAAACAUUUUCAUGUGCAUCUUCAUAUAAAUUACGUUUUUUUUAAAUUCUAUUUUUGUUGAAAAAAAUGUUGCUAUAAAAUUAUAAGCUGAAAUUGAAUGUUUCCGACCAGUUCAUACAAAUGUACUUAAAAUAAUAAUAAAUUGUAACUCAUGUUUUUUUUAUGUAUCGUAUGUUUUUUCUUCGAAAGGCGUAGAAUAUCUAAUUAAUUUUUUGAAUAUCUGUUUCUUAGAAUAAGGGUUCGAAAGCAAUAGCGUUUUGUAUUGAGAGACAAUAUGCGUGAUACUUAUUCUAAAGUUGUAAAUAAAUUACUU